GCCAAACAGAGGCGGCAGAAAGGAGAAGAUCAGAGGGAAGUGAGUUUCGCGGUUUUUGGUAGAGGUUAAUGGUUAGCAUAGUUUGUAUUGAUACGGGAAAGUUACGUUUAAAAUAUGUACGAGUAUUUUACUUUGUCUCUAAACUAAUGUUACGUUUAAUAGUACGUUAAUAAUCAUAAAUAUAUAAAAUUAAUUAUUUUAAUAAAUAAAUAAAUAAUAAAUUUAACAAUUUAAUUGAUGAAAUACGGAUAUUAAACGUGUUAUACGUGUUUAGUACGGGAGCCAUCAAAUGAACGGGGGAGAAUGAAAGGGCUUGACAAUAAUACGGAUACAGAAAUUUUAAAUGGAUAAAAUACGUACGAAUACAUAUACGUGUAUUAAGCGGAGUAUUUACUAACUAUGAAUUGGUUAGAGAAGUGUUUGGAUGGUGCAUUGACAAGAUCAGCAGAGACUUUGCUAGGGGAGACGAGGAGAACCAGUCAAAGCUGCAUCUAGUGGCCUGGGAUAGACUCACGACACCCAAAGUACAAGGAGGCAUCAGGCUCAGACCAACGAGACAGGCGAAUCUUGCCAUGCUCGCAAAAACCGGGUGGCGGUAGAUUCAAGAGAAGGAGACUUUGUGGGCUCGGCUCCUCACCUCGAAAUACGGAGGGCGCCGGCAGGGACUCGAGCUACUGCGGAAAGUUCAGGGAAGUUCCUUUAUCUGGAACAGCUUUUCUAAAGCUGCCGACAUGCUCAGGCAAGGAUGCACGUGGAAUAUUAAGAAUGGGAAAAAAACUAAAUUUUGGUUGGAUUCAUUGGUUUUGCAGGUUCCGUUGAAGGAGAAGGUGGGAGGUGUUAUCCCGGAGGCUUUGGAGGAGGCUGUGGUGGCAGACUUGGUCCAUGAAGAUGGCAACUGGCGUACAGAGUUGUUCAGUGAUCUCCUCCCACCUGAGAUCAACAACAAGAUCCUAAGCACGGCUGUUGAUAAGCUCUCGCGGGAGGAUGACACCAUCUUCUGGUCUGCUUCAACGGAUGGGUGUUUCUCGUGCAAGUCCGCUUAUGGGCUUCUCAUGGGCUAGUCUCAACAAGGCACGACGGGAUCUGGAAAGCCAUCUGGCAUCUUCCGGUACCAGAGCAGGUGAGAGGUUUUGAGUGCCUCCUUGCAAUGCAAAUAUAUAUAUAAGUAUAGGAUGAUGGAUAGUGAAUUUAGGACAAAAUUUAGCAAUUAGUUAUUUUACAUGUAAAUGAAGGUUGAAUCGAGUAUCAAAUGGUUGACCUUAUAACUGUAAGUCGAUCAUUUUUUCAUUUAGGUUAGAAUCUGUCUUUUUUUUUAAACAACUUUAGGAAUCUACUCAAGAAAUCCUAAAUAAAUUUUAUUUGAAGUG